UAUUGGCUGGAUACCCCCAGCCUCGCUCCUCUUUCCCCGAUCCACCGCCCUUCCCCAUGCCUGGUUGUUCGUUCCAGCGAGGAGGCUGUUCCCCGGGCCUUCUUUGAGCCCAGGUAUUGAUAACGGGGCCGAGGGCUCGGCUGGGAAACGGAUGCGGAAGGCGGCUCUGGCCGCUCAGCCCGUGACCGGAGCCGCUGUCGCGGUGCCUGGCGGGCGGGCUCGUAACGGAGCCCCGGCGGGCUGAUUGCGAGCCACUCGCUCCCUGGGGAAGCUGAGCCCGGAGCCCCCGGCCGGCAGCGGGAGGAGCCGCCAUGGCGGGCGGUUCCCGCUCCCCGGCGGGAUCGCGGUACCGGAGCUCCAGGCCUGUGCCUUACGGAGGGGGCUGUAGCAGUGGAGACAGUGGGGACAGUGUGGCUGUGAAGAUGUCUAAGCCAGAUUCCCGUUAUUCUUUUGAUGUCCCAAACAUCUGCAUUGAUUUUGCAACUCUGAAUGAGGAUGAUGUACACAAUGCAGACUCCUGGUUUGACCAAAAGGCCAAUCUGGAGAACAUCCCUCCUGCAGAAAAUCUGGACAAGGUCUCACACUGCAACUCUGCUUUUUCAAAGCCUGAUGUUAUUCUCUCUUCUGUCCCAUCACAAGAAGUAGCAAUGAGUGAAAGAGAUGGUGAAGCAGAAUGUGCCCAGGGCAACGCGGUCCCUCAGAAUAUUGUUGGGUCCCUGGCAACCUGGAGAGCUGCUGCCCCUGCAGAGGCCCCUCAGAGACCGGGCAGGAGACCGGCUACAAAGCAGGGGAAAACCCAGCAGUGCAAGCAGCCAGGCAGAAUCAAAGCAGAGAGAAUUGCUAAUGCCCCGGAUAAUAAGGAAGAUGUUCCACCCUUGAAGAAAAUGAGAAUCAGCCUUAGACUACUGGGGAAAGCUGUAUGGUCUAUAUCUGGGCCUGGGAUGAGUUCUGGUAGCAGAGAGAAGGUGACAGAAGCAUCCACAGAGACAGAGCCCCUGCAGGAUCCUGACCUCUCCCAAGAGAGAGGGAAAAGCAAACUGACCAUGCCCUCCACGCCAACAAUGUUGAAAAGGACCAAACCUGGCAAGCUGAAAAGUACAGAGGAGCAGGAGCUGGAAAAGAUGCAGCAGUUGCAGCAGGAGGUUAUGGAGCUGCGGAAGAAGAACGAGGAGUCUCUGAAAGCAGCUAUUGCUGGAGCAGGACAACCCACGAAGAGACCUGUUGGUCAAGUAACAAAGCCAAUUGAUUUCCAUUUCUGCACGGAGAAUAGAAUUAAACAGAAUGUGGAAAGCCAGCCUGGGAAUGAAUACAAGGAACUGGAUUUUGCAGCAGUACUGAGGAAGCAUCCCCCUUCUCCGGUGCGAAUGCCAAAGGGACCCACUGUUCCCAAACCUUUCAAUCUGUCCCAGGGGAAAAAAAGAAAACUUGAAGAAACCACAACAGAAUAUGUGUCCUUUGCUGAGCAGGUAGAAGCAUUCCAAAAACGCACACCCCCUCGUUACCAUUUGAGGAGCAGGAAAUCUGAGGAAGGCUCAGUUUCAAAAAAGCCGGUGAAGGCUCAGCUCACACACCCCAAAACUCCAGUGCUGCGAACAAAGCAGCGCUUGAGACCUGUCACCUGCAAAACUGCUGCAGAUUUAGAAGCAGAGGAAAUAGAGAAAAUUCAACAGUACAAAUUCAAAGCACGAGAAGUCAAUCCCAAAAUCUUUGAGGGUGGUCCCCUCCUGCCCAAGAAACCCUCUGUGAAGGAACUCACCCAACCCAUCGGCUUUCAGUUGGAAAUAGAAAAAAGGAUCCAGGAGCGUGAGAGUAAGAAGCAGCAGGAAGAAGAACACUUUGAAUUCCAUUCCAGGCCAUGUCCCACAAAAAUCCUGGAGGAUGUUGUGGGUGUUCCAGAGAAGAAAACACUUCCUGUUACAGUCCCCAAGUCUCCAGCCUUUACCUUGAGAAGCAGGACCCGUGUAUCUGGCAGAGAGGAAAGAAAGGAAAAAGAGGAGGCAGCUGUGAUCAAAGCUAAUCCUAUGCCACAUUAUGGAGUGCCCUUCAAACCCAAAAUGCCAGAGCAGAGGCAUGUGGAAGUUUGUCCCUUCUCUUUUGAUGCCCGGGACAGAGAGCGACAAAUACAAAAAGAGAAAAAAAUAGAAGAACUACAGAAGGAAGAGGUGCCAAAGUUCAAAGCGUUGCCUCUGCCUUACUUUGACCAAGUUAAACUCCCAGAAAAGAAGGUCAAAACCCCAACUCAGCCUGAACCAUUCCAUCUGCAGGUGGAUGAACGGGGAGCUGCCAAGCUCCAGAGCUGGAAACAGCAGCUUAAAGAAGACUUGCAAAGGCAGAAAGAGGCAGCAUGCUUUAAGGCUCGGCCCAACACAGUGAUGUACCAGGAGCCUUUUGUGCCCAAAAAGGAACAUAAGAUGCUCUCAGAGAGCCUUUCUGGUUCUGUAGUUCCUGAAAGCUUUGAGCUGGCAACAGAAAGAAGAGCGAAAGAACGGCAAGAAUUUGAAAAGCGAUUGGCAGACGCAGAAGCCUUAAGGGAGAGGUAUGAGGAGCAGAUCAGGCAGCAACAAGAGGAGCGUGAAAAGGAAGAAGUUGCUAAGCUAAGACAAGAAAUGGUUCACAAGGCAAACCCAAUACGCAAAUACCGCAGCGUAGAAGUGAAGCCCAGUGAUCAACCACUGACUAUGCCAAAGUCUCCCAACUUCUCAGACAGAUUCCGAUGCUGAUGAGCAUCCUCAUGAUAACUGGAGGGAGAUCUCAUCCUUCUCCACUCCCUUGGUAGGAGAGAGGGAGCAGUUGUUUUUCCAAGACUGCUCAGUCUGAACUCCUGUGCUUUGUUCCAUUGUUGUACUGAGUAGUUAAACUCUACCUGAGCCCAUGGCAUUUCAAGCAGUGCCUCCUGGCCUCACUGUAUAUCCAGUCCCUGUCUUCUCUAGAGACUAAACCAAGUUUUGAUAUUGCAUAUUGAUAUUGUUUUGAUAUAGAUAUUGUGUACCUAACAAUAAAAAUUCCUAAUCUG